AAUUUUAUUUUAAAAAUAAAAUACCAUCUUAUCUAUUGUGAAAUAUCUGAAUGUUUGGAACAGGGUGUGAUGGGGUUCAUCUCAUCUGAGCCUAAGUCAGUAAUCAGUAUGUAAAAUGAAAUUACAUUUGACGCUGCCAACAAAAAUGGGUGGCGCCGCCCCACGCUUCCUCUUCCUCCUCUCCACACCGCUCCCUCUUCUCCGCCACAGCCACCGCCACCGCCACCACAAACUCCUCUUCCUCUCUUCCUCAUCCCUUUCCCACCGCUACUUCUCUUCUUCUCCUUUCUCUUCCUCACCUCUCACACUCAAAAUCAAAGCCUCUCAACAACAACACCAACACCUUCACACCCAAUCUCACACCUCUCUCUUGCCCGAGUGGUCUCGAUUCCUCUCUCACGUCUCCUCCGCCGGUUACCUCCCUUCGUUCUCCGACCACUCCUUCGCCGCCGAAUUGCCCCAACCGUUCCUCCGCGACGCCACCGCCUGCUUGGCCUUCGCACGGGACCGACCUAACCUCCUAAGGUUGCUUUCGACGAGAGACAUUGCUUUGGUGGUUGAGCAUUGCUCUCCGUUUCUCUUCCGAGAUGCCGAGGAUUCCGUGAGGAAGAUGAAGUCCUUUCUAUCCAAUUGCAACGCUAAUGUGAUAGACACUGAUAGAGCAAAUACUGUUGAUCUAAUGAAGUUUAUGCUGAGUUAUGCAAGUAUCCCAUUUGUCUCUUCAGAAAGGAACACGCUCUGUAACACAGAUCUUGUGGAAUCAUCUGUCAGAAAUCUAUUUGCUGAACUUUUCAAGCUCAGUUAUAGUGCACCUGGACCUAACUCUUUUGAUUCAGUGCAAACUCAAACGACUGGUACAUUUGGACAGGCAAAGCCUCCUGGUCAAAAAAUUGAAAUGAAAAGGGGUGAUUGGAUUUGCCCUAGGUGUAAUUUCAUGAAUUUUGCAAGAAACGUCAAAUGUCUUGAGUGUGAGGAAGCAAGGCCAAAAAGACAACUGGCUGGAGGUGAAUGGGAAUGUCCUCAGUGUGAUUUCUAUAACUACGGGAGAAAUAUGACCUGUUUAAGGUGUGAUUGCAAGCGACCUGGACAAAUAUCUGUGGAUGCCACCAAUACCAUGUCACAUGUGGGGUACAAAAAUGGAAACAAUUCUGAUGUUGAUGCUAGGUUAGCUACUAAUGAAGAGAAGGCACAGCGUUGGUUUAGCAAGGUUUCUCAACUAGACAGCAGUGCUGAUAUUAAUAGUGUGAUAGCAGAUGAAGAUUUUCCUGAAAUAAUGCCAUUGAGGAAAGGAGUGAAUAGAUUUGUUGUGAGCACAAGGAAAACUCCAUUAGAGAGGAGGUUGGCUAAUGCUCAAUACAAGAAAAACUUGGCCAAUAAUGGCACUUCCGGCAUUGAGGAUUCUGAAGCCGGGGAUUCAAUUAACUCCCAUGACACACUGGACGACAUUCUAGGUCAUUCAGCUGGCAUUCCUCAAUCUGACAAUAAGAACAUUGUUGCCGAACAAAAGGCUAGUGGAGACAGCCUGCCUUCAUCUGCUAGCAAUACUUCACUUUUUAAAGAUGUGAGAGGGAGCAGCACUGGUACUGUUAUUCCUGUUCCAUUGUCUGUAGACACGUUUGCCCAAAAGUCUGAGAACUUGCAGGGAGAGGAGAGCAAAAAGGUGGUAUUAGACACUGAUGUUGGAUAUACUAGUUUGGGAGGCAGUACACAGCUUUCUAACAAUAAUUCUACAAACCAAGAUAUCGUCAAAGAUAAGGAGAAAGAGGAAGCUGAAAAAUCUGAGAGAUGGUUUAGAAAGGUUGCCGAGCUGCAUGAUGUUCCAGAUUUAACAAGUGCUGUAUCUGAUGAGGAUUUCCCUGACAUAAUGCCCAUGCGUAAAGGAGAAAAUCGAUUUGUUGUUAGCAAGAAAAAAGAUCGUUCUUUGACAACACCAGCAUACAAACGACGAUUGGCCAUGGAGCAAUCUGGCAAUACCAAUUUUGUCCCCUUCGUCCCCUUCCCCCCAGAUUACUUUGCCAAAAAGGACAAGCAACAGGCAGGUGGAACAGAUUCAAGAGAUAGGUCCAAUGAUGAUUCAUCUUCCAUAUCUGAGGUGGCCAAGAAGCCUGCGGAGAUGUUAGAUGAUGGAGCUAGACCUGGACAUAGUCCAAAACCUUCUGAACAGAGCUCAAAUAACAAUCAUUUUGGUUCUAUUUAUGGGGCAACACCCAGUGGAAAUUCAAGGCAGAGUUUCAAUCAAGAUCAUAGUCCAAAACCUUCUGAACAGAGCUCAAAUAACAAUCAUGUUGGUUCUCUUUAUGGGGCAACACCCAGUGGAAAUUCAAGGCAGAGUUUCAAUCAAGAUCCUGUUCCAAGUUUGACAACAGGGAGUGCAUCCCCGGGCCCAGCAUCUGAGAAUCAGAGUGUUAGAUCAGAGUGGACAGGAAAGAGUUUGGAGGGGUCUGCCGUGAAGGAACCAGAUCCCCUGGACAUGUCAGAGGAGGCAAAGGCAGAGAGGUGGUUCCGUCGAGUGGCACAGAUUAAGGAUAUUUCUGAGCUCAGUCAGAUUCCAGAUGAGGAUUUUCCUUCAAUAAUGCCUAUGCGCAAAGGGGUGAACAGAUUUGUUGUAAGCAAGAGGAAAACACCAUUGGAAAGGAGAUUGACAUCUCAGCAGUACCGACGAAAUCUUCCAACUGUGAACUCAGAUCCGAUUAAAACAGAAAAUGAAGGUAGCUGAAGAGUAUUAGCAGUAUUAGUUUAUUAUCUAUCCAUUUGUUUCAUUUUUCAAUGUGAUGUUAAAAUUUUGCUGGGAAAUAUAUAAAAGGAAAGUGAAGAUGAUGGAAAACGUUACUACUCAAACCUUUCUGUUUUCACCUGUAAGUGAAUUUUGACAUCAAGUAUUUAGCUUUGUUGAGGGGACCUUUCCUUGUAUCAUGUUGAGGGACUAGCUUGUCAAAUUUCAGAAAUAAAUGAUGCUUUAAGA